AUGCCAAUAAAGAUCGUCAUGGAGUUUUCUGAUCUGGUUUGUUCACUAGGCUAUCCCCAGGAUUUUGAUCAAAACCUAACCAUAACAAGUUCUGCCUCCUCCAAUGACACUCCAAUACAGGUUCACCUGGUGAUGUCUUCUAAUUUCUUUAGAUGUAUAUUUUCUGUCAUGCACAUUGAAGAUCUCCCUGCAAAACCUGACUUUUCCUUCUUUAUGAUUUUCAUUGACAUCUACUUAUUCCAUUAUUCCAACUCGGAAAUGAAGGAGGUAACCAUUUUAUACCACCAUCACUACCAGAUGAGAUUGAGGGCUGGAGAGGUCAGCAACAUGAUUCUGAUGCCUUCCUUUCCAAUGUCAGAUCUUCUUGAUGUGUUCUAGCCAUCGCGCAAUUUUUUUUGUUGCCAGAUUUCUCCCCCAUGACGGGUUUGUCUUAUCCAUAUUCUUUCAUUUGGUCUUCAUUGAACCAAAUCUGGAUCCAAGGUCACUUCAAAAGGCCCAGAUAGCAGACUAGAGCCCAUUGCUAGAUGUAUUACUUAGCUUACUUGGUUUGGUUCUGAGAUUGAUGGGAAUGUGCAGGACGUCAGAUCUUCCAUAACCAUCAUUCCAGAAGAUAUUUACUUGUGCUACUCCUGGAUCUGCACAUGGCUGGCAAUUUUGGAGGCAAAUUCCUGUCGGUGCUGACUAGUGUUUUUUCUACUAUUCAGUCUUUCACAUGAUUGACAUCCCAUUGUAGAGUCCUCCUUCACUCUACUCCAUCUCCAGGAGUCCUGGAUCUCCUAUAGCCGAGAGCCUGCGUAAACCUCUGCUCAAGACUAACUUGGUUCUCUGCCUGCUUCACCUGAGUUUCUUGUGGGUGGGCUGUUCCUCUUUUUUUUUAAUCUAUUUGGGGAUAUUUUCAUUCUCAUACUCAGAUCAUAAUAUCUUUUUAUUAUGAGUCGUCAUGCCAAUUGGAUCUGGGUAAAAAAAAAAAGAGCACCUCGUAUAGAAUUUUACAUUUUGACGUUCGUUAUUUGUGGGAGUAUAAUGGUAACUACAUAUAUUAUAUAUGCCUCAUGUGCAUUUUAUUUCUCGCAUUUGCCAGGGGGAGGAGGCCACACUUCAGCAGGCUUUGAGUAUCGUUCAGAAAAACAAGAACGACUAUGUGGCAUUGCUCUUCUAUGCAUCAUGGUGCCCGUUUUCAAGAGCCUGCAAACCCAAUUUCAACGCACUGUCUCUGUUGUUUCCUAGCAUCCGCCACUUCGCAUUUGAGGAGUCUGUCAUCAGGCCAAGGUCUGACGCGAAUCAUGUUCUUGAUCUGGUUUUAUUUGAUCAUUUGGAGAGGGGGGAGGCGCGAUUUCUGACGUAAAAUCAAUCCGACAGCAUACUCUCCAGGUACGGAGUUCAUGGCUUCCCGACCCUCUUCCUCAUAAACUCAACGAUGCGGGUUCGAUAUCAUGGCUCCCGAGCCGUGGCUUCUCUCAUUGCUUUCUACAACGAUGUCACAGGUGAAUCUUAAUGUGAUUAUUCUAUAGUUUAUUUCUGUCAAAUUUUCCAUUUCCAACGACUUUUCCUGGAUAAAAAUCUGAGUUUUGCUGCUUAAAAUAACAAAAAAAGAAUCAUGCAUGAGAAUUGAACAAGCUUCUUGUGGGUUGCAAACCCAUUUUUUUUUAUAACGUUCGCUUCCCGCAGGCAUCCCGCUGAGGCCACUGGAUUUAGCAUCCCUGGAGAGGCUCCUGAGGGCGCCGAUCAAUGGCAGGCCCAAGGACGUGGAGCUGGAGAACUGCCCCUUCUCUUGGGCGAGGUCGCCUGAGAGGUUCUUCCAGGAAGACACGUACCUGGCACUGGCGGCGGCCUUCGUGGUGUGCCGGGUCGUCUACCUCCUCCUGCCGUCGGUUCUGGGUUGCGGCCGGCGGGCCUGGCGGCGGCACGGCGGCGUGGCGAGGUUUGCGAGCCUGUGGGAUGGCUCUCGGAUGGCCUUUGCGAAGCUCAGCCUCAACCCCUGCCGCCGGCGGGAUUUGCAGGAAGGGGCGAUGAACGCAAAGAUCUGGGCUUCGAAGUCGCUGGUCCCGGUCACCAUGGGUGAGCCGAGUUCUGUAAGGAGGGCGCAUUCUGGGUUCCAAAGAACAUGA